AUGGGCUCCAUUGGUGCAGCAAGCACGGAAUUUUGCUUUGAUGUAUUCAAGGAGCUGAAAGCUCAGUAUGUCAACGAGAACAUCUUCUACUCCCCCAUGACCAUCAUUACAGCUCUGUCUAUGGUCUACCUAGGUUCGAAAGAAAACACCAGGGCUCAGAUAGCUAAGGUUGCUCACUUUGAUAAAAUCACAGGAUUUGGAGAGUCUAUUGAAUCUCAGUGUGGCGCAUCUGCAAGCAUCCAGUUUUCACUUAAAGACUUGUUCACCCAAAUCACCAAACCAAGUGGCAAUCAUUCACUCAGCGUUGCCAGUAGAAUUUAUGCUGAAGAGACAUACCCAAUCCUACCGGAAUACUUAGAAUGUAUGAAGGAAUUAUAUAAAGGAGGCCUGGAAACGAUCAACUUUCAAACAGCUGCAAAUCAAGCCAGAGAGCUCAUCAAUUCCUGGGUUGAAAGACAGACAAGUGGAAUGAUAAAAAAUAUCCUUCAGCCGAGCUCUGUGGAUUCUCAGACUGAAAUGGUCCUUGUCAAUGCCAUUUACUUCAGAGGACUGUGGGAGAAAGCAUUUAAAGUUGAAGACACCCAGGCAACACCUUUCAGAAUCACUGAGCAAGAAAGCAAACCCGUACAGAUGAUGCAUCAGAUUGGUUCAUUUAAAGUGGCAGUGGUGGCUUCUGAGAAAAUUAAGAUCCUGGAACUUCCAUAUGCCAGUGGGCGGCUGACCAUGUUGGUUGUGUUGCCUGAUGAUGUCUCUGGCCUGAAGCAGCUUGAGACUACAAUCACCUUUGAAAAGCUCAUGGAGUGGACCACUUCUAAUAUCAUGGAAGAAAGGAAAAUUAAAGUCUAUCUUCCCCGUAUGAAGAUUGAGGAAAAAUAUAACCUCACAUCUGUCUUAAUGGCCUUGGGUCUGACUGACCUGUUCAGUUCAUCAGCCAAUCUAUCUGGCAUCUCUUCAGCAGAGAGCUUGAAGAUGUCUGAAGCUGUCCAUGAGGCAUUUGUGGAAAUCUAUGAAGCAGGCAGUGAGGUGGUAGCCUCAGCAGAAGCUGGGAUGGAUGCUACAAGUGUCUCUGAAGAGUUUAGGGCUGACCACCCUUUCCUUUUCCUGAUCAAGGACAACACAUCCAACAGCAUCCUCUUCUUUGGCAGAUGCUUUUCCCCUUAA